AUGUCCAUAACAGACCCUCUCGGCUUCAAUUCUGAUCGAACCCAGCUCGUCGAUCAUCCUCUCUACAAGUACGUUAACUUCUCCACCGCUCGCGGUGGCGGAAAGGGUGGGGAAGAGGAGGAAGAAGAUGAUGAUGAUGAGGUGUGGUUGAAGGUGCGAGAAGAAGCCAAGUGGGAUGUGGAGCAAGAACCCAUCUUGUCGAACUAUUACUUCACUACGAUUCUAGCUCAUGAUUCCAUGGAAAGUGCUCUAGCGACACACUUAGCCACAAAGUUGAGCAAUUCCACCCUUCAUUCAGACACCUUGGUUGGGGUCUUCUAUGGCGUUUUGAAGGAAGACCCGGAGAUCAGGAAGGCGAUUCGGGCUGAUCUUAGGGCGGCUAAGGAACGUGACCCGGCUUGUAUCAGUUACGUACACUGCCUUCUCAAUUUCAAGGGCUUUCAGGCUUGCCAAGCCCAUAGGGUGGCCCAUAAGUUGUGGUCUCAAGGCCGGACUGUGUUGGCCCUUUUAAUUCAGAACCGGGUCUCUAUGGUUUUCGCGGUGGAUAUCCACCCGGGUGCGAAGAUCGGGUGGGGUAUUUUGUUGGAUCAUGCGACCGGCAUUGUGAUUGGUGAGACCGCGGUGGUGGGGAACAAUGUGUCGAUCCUACAUAAUGUUACCUUAGGGGGCACAGGCAAGCAAUCUGGAGAUAGACACCCUAAGGUUGGGGAUGGAGUGUUGGUGGGUGCAGGGACUCAAGUUUUGGGUAAUGUUAGGAUUUGUGAAGGGGCUAAGAUCGGUGCCGGGUCGGUGGUGCUCAAAGAAGUGCCCGAAAGGUCUACGGCAGUCGGAAACCCGACGAGAAUACUCGGCAAGAGGGAGAAGCCCUGUAGGAUGAAUGAGCUCCCUGGUGUCACCAUGGGUCACACUUCUUUUCUAUCUGACUGGUCUGAUUAUGUUAUAUAGGGA